AUAGGCGGCUUUGUUUUCCGCAAUUGUUUCCUAAUUUCGGAAGAGAAUAAAAAGUUUUCCGCAGUCGAUAAAAAGAAAAGGAAAUAAAUAAAACACAUCCCUCUUUCAAAGAGCCAGGGUAUUCAGUUUUUAAGCUAAAAUCCUGCAAUCACGGUUCUCUGUGGAGUUUUCUCUCUAGAUCUUUCUACCGAAGACUGCUGAAUCUGAGAGCCUGCAUGGCGAAGGGUUUUAAGAGUUACUGACAUGGGUUUCUUGGCACUCUUUGUUACUGCUUCAGUUCCAGUUCUUAAUGUGCUUUUGGUGACUGGUGUUGGCUCUUUUAUCGCCACCAACUACAUAGGAAUUCUACAUGAAGAUGCGAGGAAAAAUUUAAAUAAUGUUGUAUUUUACGUGUUUAACCCAGCUCUCGUUUCGACCAAUUUAUCUCAAACAAUAACACUGGAUAGCUUGGUUUUGCUGUGGUUCAUGCCAGUCAAUGUCCUUCUCACCUCCAUUUUUGGUUGUGUGCUUGGAUGGAUAGUUAUUCAAAUCACAAAACCUCCUCGACGCUUAAGAGGCCUCAUUUUGGGUUGUUGCUCAGCUGGAAAUUUGGGUAAUUUAUUUCUCAUUAUCAUCCCUGCCAUUUGUAAAGAGAAAGCCAGUCCAUUUGGUGCUCCUGAUGUGUGCCAUACCUAUGGAUUAGCAUAUGCGUCCCUCUCCAUGGCUCUUGGUGCAAUCUUUCUGUGGUCUUGCGUGUACAAUAUUGUUCGGGUGACUGCAAAUACUGGAGAAGACGGAGCAAAUGGCAGAAGUCAAACCCCUAAAAUGGAUUCUCCAGAAGAAACUGCUAAACUAAUCCCUGGGAGCUACAAAAACUAUUCGAUAUCUGUUGAUUCUUCAGAUGAAAGUGAGCUACCAGUCUCUAUAUCUGAGGAAUCUUCUACCAAAAGGAAGGUAUUGGUUUGUAAAUUAACACAGAAAUUGUCCUCAGUGCUAUUAGCGAUCAACUUCAAAAGGUUGUUUGCGCCAUCAACCAUUGGUGUGAUAGUUGGAUUCGUUGUUGGACUGGUACCUCUUAUUAGAAAAGCAUUGAUAGGUGAAAGUGCUCCUCUUCGUGUAAUUCAAGACUCGGCUUCCUUGUUGGGCAAUGGAGCAAUUCCAACUGUCACCCUGAUAAUGGGUGGAAAUCUCGUUAAAGGUUUGCAAGGAUCUGGCAUUCACUCCUCGCUCGUGCUAGGAGUUGUAGUUGUUCGAUAUUUCCUCUUGCCUCUGAUAGGCAUUGUCAUCGUUAAAGGGGCAAUUCGAUCUGGUUUCGUGCAUUCUGAUCCUUUGUAUCAGUUUAUUCUUCUGCUUCAAUAUUGUGUUCCACCUGCAAUGAAUAUAGGUACUAUCACUCAGUUGUUUGGUGCCGGGGAAAGUGAAUGCUCGGUGAUUUUCCUUUGGACUUACGCUUUGGCUUCAAUUUCUCUCACCCUUUGGUCCACUUUCUUCAUGUGGCUUGUAUCAUAAUAAUACUGAGGAAUAGCAUCGACUGCUCGCGGCAAUGAAACUAUACUGGGACCAUAGUAUCAUAAUAAUACAGAGCUCCCUUUCCCUUCAACUGUAUCAUCAACAUUUGCUUAAUUUAAGCAGUUUUUUUUGUUUUUGUUUUUUUUUGGAUAAUUAGCUAUUUCUUCAACUGUAUCCUUCCGUUGUUGGACAAUCAUCCAGUUGUACUCA